AUGAUACCAAGACGUAAUGAUUUGGGCUCAACGGAAUCUGUUAACACAUCACCAUCAAACAGUCCUAGAAUUUCCCUCCAAAAACCUAUUUCGGAACCCGUAACUUCAAUUUCUACCGAAAAUACUGAAAAGUCAACAACUAUCGAUAAACCACUACCUCCAGAUCCACCGAUAAAAACAGCCCAAGAAGAAGAGGAAGAACUUCCUAUUCCUCCCGAAUUUAUAGACCAUUAUGCAGACGUCAAAGUAAAAUGGAAUAAAAUGGAUGAUGAACCCCUUAUAUAUAGAGAUAAAUUUAUAGCCAUUACCAAGACUUAUUUAUAUAUUUUUAAUUAUUAUAUUCCUGACGGAAGAGAAAAAGCUAUUCCUAUGACUAGUAUUAAUAAUGUUCAAACUGAUGAAGAAGCAAAGAUAUCUGAUUUAGCUCAUCAAAAAUGGGGAGCUGGUUCAAUAGAUCUUUGGUGGGCAAAAGAUUUCGGAAGAUGGAAAGGUCAUGAUUUAUGCAUUAUUGUUACUGUUGACCAUGGGUUGGUUAAGAGAAAAGGUUUUACUUUAGAAAACAAUGAAGGCUUAUAUGUUUUGAAAAAAGCUUGGAAAACUGCAAAGGACAAAAUGUUGCAAAAAUUUUUUCGCACAAAACCUACUAAUAAAGAUGUAGAAGAUUCGAAUACUCGAGCAUUAUUAGAGGCUGACUCCUGGUCACCGCCGGCCUUCAGUUCCAACCAAAUUCGCGUUAUUUUAUGUCAGGAUACGGGCGACAAAGCUAAAUUAACAUUAUAUGAUUCGGCAGUUCCAGUAACCUCAAAUUCUUCAGAGGAUCGUAGACCAACAUCCGAACUUUCUUCUUCUUGGAGUGGAGUUGGCUUUUUUCUUCCAAAGUCUAGCAGUGCAAUUAAUAUUAAAUCUAAUAAUCCGGUUAUUACAACAGGUCAUCCUCCUUCUCAUCACCGUAAUCAUCAUCACCACAAUAAAUUAGAUGGCGACAAUAUAAGAAAAAGUUUUGAUUCUAUUAAUAAAUCUAGUAUAAAGACUUUACCUCCUUCCAUUAAUCGUAACGGUCAUGCGUUCACCUCACAGAGAAAGACGGCUCAUAAUAUAGAUUUAAUUGGCGAGAUGAUGUUUGGGGCUGUUCCUUUAUCUUACAAAGGGAUGACAACCAAGAUUCAUUAUAUUAAAUCCCCAAAACCUCAAAUUUUGUUAACAAAAUUGUUCUCGAUAAGUCCUGCCGAUUUUGAAUCCAUUUCUCCCGGAAGACGUAGUUCUUUUUCUUCUAUGAGUAGUGAUACUUCUGUAUCUUCCUCUACACAAGGUAGUUUAGCUAUCAAUAAUGAAUUGCGUAAUGUUACAAGACAAAAAUUUGGAUCAAAUCCAAUACAUUUUGACGAUUAUUCGGAAUCGAGCGAUGACGAUUCUUUUCGUUUUAUUCCCAAUUAUUCUACUUCUCCCUCAUUUUUUCAUCCUGGACCUCCAAUCCUUGGUUUGAGAACGAAUGAUGUUUCGGUAUAUUCAACUUCUUCUCUUUCAACUUCACCGCGUAAUAAUUUCACUAAUAGAAGGAUGCGAAGAUACAGCCAGACUAGCAUGGAAAAUGGUAUAUUUAACCCAACCCCUUUACCGGGAAGUAUUGCGCGACUUGAAUCAUUAACUAAUCGGCUGGAUCCUCUGAACAAUAAUAAUUUAAGUUUGAAGCAUCCUUCGCGUUCUAUGAUGUAUGCUAUUGGAGUCGUCAUAACAUUAGAAAAUAAUACAACUUUGGAAGAAUUUAUAUUCUCGCAUUUCGCGUUGCUAGAAAACAGGCUACAUCAGCUUCAUUCUACAGCUUUUAGAUUACUUUGUCAUUUCCUAAAAAAAUCUUCACCAUCAUCAUCAAUCAACGGACCUAAUUCAAUAUUUAAUCCGACGAAUAGGAGAUUUUCCGUGGCAUCUCUUUCCCCAUUAAUGCUCCAAAACGAGCAAAUCUGGUUAGAUGCGGUUUUUCGAUUUAAGACAUCGUUUUACCAAUUGUAUAAUACGCCGCGAAUCCAGGAGCCAUUGUGGUUAAACAUGUCGACAUUUCCGCAACAAAGGAGUAAACUCGCUAAAAGCCUGUUGAAUGAACUAACUUUUUUAUUGGAAAAUUUUGAUAAAGAAUCUAAUUUGUAUCCUUUAUUGAAAAAUAAGUUGACCACCGUUUUAAUGUAUCAUCUGGCAUGGGUUCCGACAGUAGCACCAAUUGCAGAUUUUGAAGAACGGAAUGGGAAGAAUCUAUUUUAUGAUCCGUUAUGGGCACAAUUAGGGGACUUGUAUGGUAGCAUAGGUUCACCUUCGAUAAUGAGCCGGACCAUUAUUGUUGGUACAGAUGUAAACAUAGUCCGUCGUAUAUUAUUUGUUUUGAGUUAUUUUAUUCGAUGUAAUGAAGUAUAUGAAAGAAUGGAACAUAUGGUUCCAACAGAAAGUCAAUCAGAAGAACAGGUGGAUCCUGAAAAUAAUCUACGAUAUAAUAUUAGUUCAAAAGAUUUCUCUUCUGAAGACAUUUCCAAUUCCAAUUCAUUGGACAUGAAUAAUUCUUAUCAUGCUACUGAUAAUCGACGGAAAAGUGUUAAUUUGGAUUUAUCAUUCGAUAAUUUCACCGAUAACUUAUUAGAAGUUCCAAUGCCAAGAUCACAAACCCCAACUAUAAUACCUGACGUAUCAUCCAACGAAACGCGUAAUGAAAAUGAUGAAACUUCUAGUGAAAAACUUCCGUAUCGAGCAGAUGAAUUAUUUGUAAAAUCAUACGGUAGAUCACUUAUGGUCGGUUGCUGUGAUACUUACAUGUCCGAUUUUGUAUUGAUGGGCCUACCUAAACUUGGUGAAUUUCAAGAAUCAUUAGAAAGUGACUUGAGGAAUUCUCUGCUGGUAAAAAUUUUCUUCUAUUUGAACAUUAUAUUAAAAUUAAUCGGAAUGUUUCGUCAAAAUGAUGCAGCCGCUUUCUUCUCAAGACCCAGUUUCAAAAUCCGUUUGCAUUUUGGGACAGUUGAAUACAUUGCAAGCUGUGAUGCAUACGGAAGUCGACAUGUGAUUGGAAAUUCGACAGUUACGGUUGAUGGAGAUCACAUAAGAAAUGGCGGUGGCUAUUUCCUUCCGCUUCAUACCUCAAAUUACAUAUACGCUAUGUUACAUCAAUGUAAAGACUUGUAUACAACCAUGGGAAUGCCUGCAGAAUCCUGUCUAGAGUAUAUAGAAGAUCAUCUGAGAUUAUUAUAUUAUAAGGCUGUGAUGUACAAGAAAUUGUAUUCAUCCUCACUCCCUACAUCCACCACUUCAGGAACUUCACCUUCGAUAGCAUCCCCAUCAAUUUAUAUGCCACCUUCAUCGGUUGACCAUGUUCCGUUGGAUAUAUUGGAUGUUAUAGGUUUACAAAAAUCGGAUAUUCCUUUAGUAAAAGCCAUAAAUUCAACUUUCUAA